AUGGAAUACUUACAAGAGUUAAACCCCCAACAGAAAAAAGCAGUUUUAGAGGAGCAUAGAUUAAUUUGCGUAAUUGCGGGACCUGGUUGCGGAAAAACCAAAACUUUAAUUACUCGAAUUAUUCACUUGCUAACUGCUAAAAAAGUCGAACCACGACAAAUUUUAGUGCUAACCUUUGCUAAGAAAGCCAUUAAGGAAAUCAAAAAAAGAAUUUAUCCUUAUGUUGACCCAACCCAAAAAUCAGAGUUGAAUAUCUAUAAUUUUCACUCAUUUUGCUAUGCUCUUUUAAGCAGACAUGCUGCUUUAUUAGGAUUUCCCGAAAACAAAUUUCCAGUCUACGACCGUCACGACCAAGAAAAUAUUGUCAAAAAAAUUAUUUAUGACCUUAAUUACAACGCUGAACAAAAAGAAAUUAGCACCAUUCUUUCCUUAAUUAGCAAGUGA